AUGUGAUAGCCCAUCUCUGACUCUCCGACGGAGAGUUGAGGGAGUUCUUGUGGAUUGAGCAGACUCAGGGCACCAUUCUCUCUCGUAUGCUCGAUAUCCAGGAGAUGAGGCACAGCUCGGACCAGGAUGGUGAGGCUGUCCUGGAGAAGGGCCCAUCCCACAUCGUAAUAUCCCCGCAAGGGCCCUUUGACGCUUCCGACGAGACUUACCCGGAAGGAGGCCUCCGUGCCUGGCUGGUGGUCUUAGGGUCAUGGUGUGCAAUGGUGCCUUCAAUGGGCUUGUUAAACACCAUCUCCGUCCUACACGCGUGGACGUCCAGCCACCAGCUCUCAGAUUACUCCGAGUCCAGCGUGGGCUGGAUUUUUGGCGUGUUCUCAUUUUGCCUAUAUUUCGGCGGGGCUCAGGUCGGUCCCAUCUUCGACAGUCACGGACCAUUGCCAGUGGUCAUCCCAGGGUCCAUUGGGCUUAUAGUAGCAGUCUUCUGCUUCAGUGCUAGCACAGAAUAUUACCAAAUUAUGCUGUCAUUCAGCGUUCUCGGCGGAUUAUCGUCCUGCUUGCUCUUUACGCCUGCGAUUUCUGCCAUUGGCCAUUGGUUUAAUGUCCGCCGUGGCCUCGCCACAGGCAUCGCAUGUACAGCCGGCGGGCUAGGCGGCGUUUUUUUCCCUCUGAUCAUUCUCUACGUAGGGCCACGCCUGGGAUUCGCAUGGGCACUGCGCAUUAUCGGGAUCAUCUGCUUCGUGCUAUGUGUUCUAGCAUGUCUUCUCCUUAAGACCCGGCUCAAACCCGACUCAACGCGCCGCAUUGCGAUCGACCUCCAUGCCCUACGUGAGCCCAACUACGCGCUCACCACUCUGGCCGUGUGGCUGGUCGAAUUUGCCGUCUUCGUCCCAUACAGCUAUCUCUCCUCGUACGGUCUCUCCGCUAACCUCGGAGAAUCCAUGGCCUACAAGCUUUGCGUGUUCCUCAAUGUAGGCGCAAUCCCCGGUCGUGCCUUUCCCGGCUUGCUGGCCGAUCGGAUUGGUCGAUUCAAUGUCAUGGCUUUGACGGCGAUUGUCUGCGCCGUCUUGACCUUAUCCCUCUGGUACAAAGCUGGCACCAACGAGGCCGCCAUCAUCGUGUAUUCGGUUUUGUUCGGAUUCUGGAGCGGCGCCGCCAUCAGCUUGACCCCGGUAUGUAUCGCUCAGGUUUGCCGGACUGAGGACAUCGGCAAGAGGAAUGGAACAACGUUCACACUCGUCAGCUUUGGGACCCUCACCGCCAUUCCCAUUGCAGGAGCAAUUCAGGAAAGCAAUGGCGGAGGCUUUUGGGGGCUGAUCAUUUUUGGAGGAGUGCUAUAUCUCGCGGCGUGUGCGGCGUUUGUGGUUGCUAGGGGGGUUGCCGGGGGGUGGGCCUUGAAGAUCAAAUUUUGA